AACAGUGAUGGAAAACAUAUGAGCAGUAACAAGUUUUAAUCUCGCUCUUCAGUACUAACAUGGACUAAUCUGUGGAAGCAGUUUAUUCCAGCAUCACCCAGGACGCAGCCACACCAGAGGCUGUUAGGCAGGCUAAUUCUUUUCCUUUUCUUUUAAAUGUAACACUUCUUCAUCUUUUCUUCUUAAAGAGUCUUGAGGAUACUUACAUUUGUAGCUAAGUAGUACAGGGUGGAUAACUACUUUGAAGAAAUCUUCUCUUUCCUGACAAGGACAGGUUGCACGUGUACACAGGACAGCAUGAAGGAGUAUAUGAUGCUGUUGCUUUUGGCUGUGUGCUCUGCCAAACCCUCCUUGAGCCCUUCACACACAGCAGUGAAGAACAUGAUGCUGAAGGACAUGGAGGACACAGACGAUGACAGCGACGAUGACAACAACUCUCUUUUUCCAACAAAGGAGCCAGUGAACCCCUUUUUCCCUUUCGACUUGUUCCCAACAUGUCCAUUUGGGUGCCAGUGCUACUCUCGAGUUGUCCACUGUUCAGACCUAGGUUUGACCUCCGUCCCAAGCAACAUUCCAUUUGACACUCGAAUGGUUGAUCUUCAAAAUAAUAAAAUUAAGGAAAUUAAAGAAAAUGAUUUUAGAGGACUCACUUCACUUUAUGCUCUGAUUCUGAACAACAACAAGCUAACAAAGAUUCAUCCAAAAACCUUUCUAACCACAAAGAAGUUGAGAAGGCUGUAUUUAUCCCACAAUCAGCUAAGUGAAAUUCCACUUAACCUUCCCAAAUCAUUAGCAGAACUCAGAAUUCAUGAUAAUAAAGUUAAGAAAAUACAAAAGGACACGUUCAAAGGAAUGAAUGCUUUACAUGUUUUGGAAAUGAGUGCAAACCCACUUGAUAACAAUGGGAUAGAACCAGGAGCAUUUGAAGGAGUGACAGUAUUCCAUAUCAGGAUUGCUGAGGCAAAACUAACCUCAAUCCCAAAAGGCCUACCACCAACCUUACUGGAGCUUCAUUUAGAUUUUAAUAAAAUUUCAACCGUGGAACUUGAAGAUUUUAAACGAUACAAAGAACUACAAAGGCUGGGUCUUGGAAACAACAGAAUCACAGAUAUUGAAAAUGGAAGUUUUGCUAAUAUACCACGUGUGAGAGAGAUACACUUGGAACACAAUAAACUAAAAAAAAUCCCUUCAGGAAUACAAGAGUUGAAAUACCUCCAGAUAAUCUUCCUUCAUUAUAAUUCAAUUACAAAAGUUGGGGUGAAUGACUUCUGUCCGACAGUGCCAAAGAUGAAGAAAUCAUUAUACAGUGCAAUAAGUUUAUUCAACAACCCAGUGAAGUACUGGGAAAUACAACCUGCAACAUUUCGUUGUGUUCUCGGCAGAAUGAGCGUUCAGCUCGGGAAUGUUGGAAAAUAGUAAUUAAUGAUAUUCACUGAAUAUAAUAUUCAAAAAUUUAUACAUUUGGAAUACUUGAAAUGUACUAAUAAUGGUAGUAUGAUUCACAUAAGCAAAACUCUAUUCCAUAUGGUCAAUGACAAAAAAUUUCAACAGAAUUUUGCCCAACUAUUGAUACUCAGAAUAAACAUCUAUUACAGUGUCCCUUUGCUCAUGAAUGGUUCUGUGUAAAUCUGUUGCUUAAGCAUUCUUUUCUCAGAAAUAAAGAUAUUCAGUAUUUAACUCUUCAUUAUCAAGUGUAUCAAACAGAACUGUACUGUAAACAGAAUGCUUGACUUAGUAAUAUCUGUCCUUUCUUUGCUAUUAGAAAAACAAAGCUGGCAAGAACAGCAAUAUGAAGACUACACACAUUUUUAGUAUCUUUUAAAUAACUUGGAUAGUACUGGAUUAUAUAAGUUGACAAAUUAUAUAUAUUAUAUAUUAUAUAUAUAUAAUUUGACAAAAAUCAUAUAGAAAUUCCUGACUUAUAAAACUUCAAGUAUUCACUUUCAACUCAACAGAUAAUAUUCGUUAGAGUUGGUUUUGGAGGUAUAACACAUGACUUUCUUUUUUUAAUUAUUAUCUGGUUAUAAAACUAUAAAAUGUAAUGAUUGCUUAUAUAAAAUGUAUAAUGUGCAUUUUUAUGAUCAGCUAUAUAAGCUUUUAAGAACACAGCAACUGUUAGGUUACAUAGUGUCCUUACUUCAACUAGGAGUAUUUCAGGAUGUCCCUUUGGAAAAGUAUGGAUGCCAAUCAAUUCUCUACCAAUUUGUCUCCUCCAACUUGUCUCUUCAAAUAUGCAGACUGGAUAACUCAGAGAAAUGCAUCUAGGCUGACAAAAACUGAAAACUCUGAAUAAAACUUAAGAGUACUUUCAUGUGUUUAUUUUACUGAUAUUCAAUAUAAAUUAAGUAAAAUUUGAAAAUAAGGAAACAUUAUUAAAAUAUUAGUUUUAAAUAAAA